AUGACGUAUUAUGAUAUUGAUGACAUCAUGCUUAAUGAACAAAAGAUUCCUAUUACAUUCAAUCACACUGUAUUAAACUUUGGGUUACUGGGAUCAAGAGCGUGCAAGACUAUUUCAGCAGGCAAGAAGGUCGAUGCACCUUAUUUCCUUGUUGGCUUUUUACUCAGAAAUGGACAUUGCAAUCUUUCGAGUGAAUUCAACAACGAGAAGGUGAUGGAAGACAUCCGCGCAAAACCCUCUGCAGUUGAUCUAAGAUCUGUGUGUCCAUAUUUUUUCUAUCUGCAUUCAAUACUUGCAGACAGCAAUGCUCUACUUGCUGAGUUCUUCUAUGAACGAAUAGGCGAUUACUCGCCACUCAUUCUCAAAGAUACUUUCUCUGAAGACGAUGUGUGGAAGCUUGAGAUGACAGAAAGACAACUGAUAAUCCGAGCCAGAAGAAUAUUUCAGAGAUUUAAGAUAUUCUUUAUGUAA